AUGUCCUCCAAGCCAGUGAAUGCUGAAAAUGCACACACCUACAAACUAGUAGUAGUUGGUGAUGGUGGUGUGGGCAAGUCUGCACUCACCAUACAGUUCUUUCAGAAGCUUUUUGUCCAGGAUUAUGAUCCAACGAUUGAGGACUCCUACAUCCAGUACACAGAAAUUGAUGGUCAAUGGUGUAUUUUGGAUGUCCUGGACACAGCUGGUCAAGAAGAGUUUAGUGCCAUGCGGGAGCAGUACAUGAGGAAAGGGGACGGGUUUCUCUUGGUUUAUUCUGUUACAGACAAGCAGAGCUUUGAAAACAUCAGCCACUUUCACACACAGAUAUUGAGAGUCAAGGACAGGGACUCUUAUCCAAUGGUGAUGUCAGCCAAUAAGGUGGAUCUCAUUCAUCAGAGAGUGGUCACAGAGGAACAGGGUCUCAGUCUAGCUGCAAAUUUGAAAAUACCGUACAUAGAAACAAGUGCAAAGGAUCCCCCAUUAAAUGUGGACUUGGCAUUUCAUGAGGUGGUCAGAGUUAUAAGGCGCCUGCCUUCUCCAAAGAAGAAGAAAAAAUCACCAGGGAGUGGUUGGAGAUGUGUUGUACUCUGA